GCUCAGGGACAUUUAUGCGGGGAGAGCCAUGGCAGCGCAGCCAGCCUUUGCCCAGUCAGGGCCGUUGCCUGCCACCUUGGGAUAUGUCCGGCAGCCGUGCGUCAGUGGUCGUACAGUUGCUUUUGUGGCUGAGGAGGAUCUGUGGCUCACAGACUUGGAUGCCUCCAUGCCACGUCGCUUGACCCACCUGCGAGGGGCCAGCCACCCCCUCCUGUCACCAACUGCAAACAUGCUUGCCUUCGCCUUCGCCUCUGAUCUUUGGGUGAUGGCUUUGGCGGAUGGCCAACGCAGGCGGCUUACCUGGUUUGGUUGCGGUGAUAUUUGGCCGACGGCGUGGAUCGGGUCGGAGAACGGCCUGGCUUUUGCCAGCACGUGCGAAGAUCCUUUUGACAGACCGACUGUGUACCAAGUAGAUCUUUCAGGCGGAGAGCCGACCAGGCUGUUCGAUGGAGAGUAUGAUUCCAUCCUUCUCGGCCCAGCUGGUCGGGGGCAAUGUUUAUGCCGAAAGACUCAGGACACGGCAAGUUCUUUGUGGAAGGGCUACCGCGGCGGAAUGCACGGAUCUAUUUGGCUUGAUGCCGAUGGAGCAGGGGCGUUCAAGAAAGUGGAGAUGAAAGACCCGCUUGGCAGUGAUCUUGCAAUGAACAUCAGCUGCCUUAUGUGGCAGCAAAACCGACUGUUCUUCUCUGCUGACCCGGACGGGUCUGGCAAUUUGUGGAGCACAAACUUGCAAGGGCAGGACUUGCAGAAGCAUACUAAUCAUGACGUGUUUGAUGUACGACAUGCUCAGAGUGAUCCCGAAUCAGUUGUAUACACAGUUGGGGGCGAAUUGUGGUGCUUCAGCAUGCUGACAUGGAAGUCUCAGCCGCUUCGAGUGCAUCUCGGGCACUUGAGUGCAAUGCCCACGACCUUGGAAGCAGCCGAGUGGACGGAGGCAGUGGCGUUGGAUCCCAGUGGCCGUUUCGUCUCGUGCCUGUGUCGAGGGAAUGUUUAUGAAAUGGCGUUGUGGGAAGGUCCAGCGGUGCGUCUGCUGAAGCCGAUUGAGGAUGAGGGAGCUCGGCGUGCAGCCCGCUGCGUGGCUUUCGAGUACCUCUUCAGCGGCCGCCUGCUCACAGUUUCGGAUGACCAACUGCCCAGCUGGACGGUCACGAUUCAUCCAACUCCUUCCGAGUGCGAUUUGCCGGUGGAAACAGAAGCCAAGAAGCUCAAGGACCUAAUGCGUGAGUUUGCAGAAAUCGGAGCACCACCGCAGAAGCUGAUUUUAGAAGUUGGUGGCCAGGUUGGGAGCCUGGUAGCUUCUCCCGUCCAUGAUGCCGUUCUCAUGAGUACAAGCAGGAACGAGCUAUGGCUGAUUGAAUUUGUUACUGACAGCGGGGAUCGACCAUCGCUGGAGCAGCCGCGUGCCAAGACAGAGCAAGGCCUUCGUUUAGAGCCAUCCCUUUUGGAUAGCAGUGAGUGGGAGGAUGGCGUUUCAGACCCUUGCUGGUCGCCGGAUGGAAGGUGGAUUGCAUAUUGCAGGAAGGAUUUGCAACACGGAUCCUCCAUCAUUAUCAUGAACAUAGAGUCUCGACAGAAGACUGUGGCUGCAGAUUCCACUUUCUCCAAUGGCUGUCCAAGCUUUGACCCUGACGGAUUAUAUUUGGCCUUUCUCUCGCAGCGGGCCUUUGUGCCAGUGGAAGAUGACAUCACUGCAGACUUGAGUUUUGCACAUGGUGCUGACCUGCCUUUCCUCGUGCUUCUGCAGAAGUAUGGUCGGAAUCCAUUCCUGCGUUUGCCAGUCUCGCCCGCCAAGCUUCAGCCUGAUGAGUCUGAGGUUACAGACCAACAGUCUGGAAGCGAGAGCGAGUCCAAUGAAGAUGUACCCAAAGAGGUGCUGAUCGAUGUGGAUGAUAUUCAGAGGCGACUUCUUCAAUUUCCGGUGAAGCCUGGACGGUAUGGGAAUUGCACUUGGACAUCAGAUGGCAGCUUUCUUUAUUUGCGGGAAGACUUACAGCUACGGAAUCCAUACACUGAAGACGAGGAUGAAGAUCAAGUGCACUCCUUGAUGAGCUUUGACUUCAACAAAGGCAAAGAGGAGGAACUUUGGAAGAAUGUGGUUGAUUUUUCUACCAGCUUGGACAUGGAGAACAUGGUUGUGUGUGUCCGUGAGGGCGACGAAGACGAGGAGUAUUUCGCAGUUCCAGCCGGCAAGGAGAUGCCGGGUGAAGAAGAUGAGGUGGACUCAUCAGCUCCAGGUCCUGAGUCGGGGCUGCUUGACAUGACAAGAAUAAACUUGCGAGUUAUACAUCCGGAAGAAUGGCUGCAGACAUUUGUGGCCAUAAAAGAGUUUGUGAAAGAGAACUUGUUUGAUGACAACUGUGGCGGUUUAGAUUGGGAUGCUGUGUGCAAGCACUACCGCAACGUGCUUCCUCGUAUUCGCAGCCACGCUGAGCUUACAGACCUUUGCAGAGAAAUGCUUGCAGAGCUGGGCCUAAGUCAUGUGAGCUUCAGUGCUCGUGAGGAACCUGCUGAAGCUACAGGAGCAUGUCUCGGGGUGAAGGCUUCGUGGCAGAACUUUGAAGGUGGCGGGGCGUACCGUGUAGACGAGCUUCUAACAGGGGACUGGUGGGAUCCUGCAAGCAGUGGGCCUGCUUCACGGCCAGGCGUUGGCAUUACUGUCGGGUCAUUGAUUCUGGCAGUGAAUCGGGUGAAAGUAUGCCAGUCAGUGUCCCUCGGCCAAAUGCUGGAAGAGAGCAAUUCGAGCGAGGUCUUUGUAACAUACGUGCCCGUGGAAGAUAUUGCCUCUUUUGCAAGCAUCCAGCAGGCCUUCUCGCGCUAUGGCGGCUUAGACGGAUUCAGAAAAUUGAGCCAUCAGGCUGGCACAAGCACAAAGCCCAAAAAGCAUGCCAAGAGAAAAGACAAAGCAAGGAGCAAGCAGCCUGGCCGGGGCGAAAUCCCUGACGAUGAGGUUGAACGCAAGCUUGCUGCGCUGUUCCGCCAGCUGAAGAUUGACAAUGGGUGCUGUUGGCGCACGGCACGUGUGAGCACAGCAGGAAAAGACAGACGCAAACUUGCCAGCAUGCGUGACCUUAUUGAAAGGAAUGGGCAUGCGGUGAAUCAGGCGACUGGAGGGCGCAUAGGAUAUAUGCACAUUCCGGACACGGUUCAGCUAGGCUUUGCAGAGUUUCACCGCUACUUUCGCCGAGAGAGCAGCAAGGACGCACUCAUCAUAGAUUUGCGAUGCAAUGGUGGUGGCUUUGCAUCAGAACUCUUCCUGAAACAUUUGCAGUGCAGCGUAUUGGGAUGGACUGUUCCACGCCCUGGCCGACGUCCUACCCGCUGCCCUGAGCUCUGCACGAACGGAAAGUGUGUCAUGCUGGUCGAUGACAACACCUGCUCCGAUGCGGAAGCCUGGGCAGAAGCGUUCAAGCGCUUUGGCUUGGGCAAGGUGAUCGGUGUGCGAACCUGGGGUGGGGUCAUUUCAGUCGGAGCGGCCGAUUUGGAGCUAAUUGGUGGCGGCGAGCUGUCUUUGCCUGAUUCGCAUUACUACGUGCCUGGGGAGACAGGAUAUGCACUCGAAAAUUGCGGUGUCAUUCCAGAUGUCAUCGUGGAAUGCACGCCUGGUGAUCCCAAGGGUGUAGAUCCUCAAUUGACCGAAGCUAUUAAGCAUGCUAUGGAGCUGCUGAAGAACACAGGCGCCCCCAACUUGCCAAGCUUCCCUCGCACGCGCUUACAUCGUCAGUUCAGUGCCAAGGUGCCAGCUUGCGGUCCGUCAAGAUGACUGCCCGCGUGAAAGAGCUUGCAGCUUUUGACUUGCAGUGGACAUCUUGAGAAAGCGUGGCCCGGGUGAUGUAAUGGACAAGCUCCACUCGUCACCUUCGCCAUGGCUGGCAGAGGGGGGCACGAAGAAAGCUAGCUGGGGAGCCAAACCACGGAUCGAAGCGAGCAGACGAGGCGAGAAGCGAGACAGCCGGCAUCUGAAAAAGUUUCAUAUGCGCUGCGAUGCACUGGCGGUUCCAAGCAGGCCAUGGUUGGGCAAUGCGAACGG